AUGUCUACAUUGAAGAAGCUAAACUUUAUCACUGGCAAUAAGAAUAAAUUGGCAGAAGUGAGAGCAAUACUUGGCAGUGUCGUCGACGUUGAAAACCAGGUGAUCGAUGUACCGGAAAUACAAGGGAGCAUUGAGGAUAUUGCCAAGGAGAAAUGCCGACGUGCAGCAGACGCGAUCAAGGGACCUGUUCUUACAGAAGAUACUGCUCUUGAAUUCCACGUACUGAAAGGUCUCCCUGGCCCCUACAUAAAACAAUUUCUCGACGCAUUGGGCCACGAAGGUCUUAACAAGAUGCUCGAUUCAUUCGAGGAUAGAACUGCAGAAGCUGUGUGUACAUUUGCAUUCUGCCGCGGGCCUGGAUCCGAACCCAUUCUAUUUCAAGGGAGAACAGAGGGUGCAAUUGUGAGGCCAAGGGGCCCAGCGAAUUUUGGAUGGGACCCUAUCUUUGAAUACCAAGGGACAACAUACGCCGAAAUGGAUAGGGAAAAGAAGAACGAAAUAUCUCAUCGGUACAAGGCAUUGGUGAAACUCCAGAAUUGGCUCUCCGAGACACAAGUCUGA